CCUCGCCUCCUCCUCCCCACACUCCUCACCCUCCGAGCUCCAGCGCCUCCCACCACCACACACCCACCCACACGCGCCGCCUCCCAUGGCCGCCACCGCCAUCUCCGUCCGCCUCCACCCGGCGGCCGCGCGCCACGUCACCGCGGCGCGCCGCGCCCGCCUCGGGGCCGUCCGCGCGCAGUCCGCGCCGGCGGCGGCGGCGCUGACGCAGGACGACCUGAAGCGGCUGGCGGCGGUGCGCGCGGUGGAGCAGGUGCAGAGCGGGAUGGUGCUGGGUCUCGGGACGGGGUCCACGGCCGCCUUCGCCGUCGCCGAGAUCGGCGCGCUCCUCGCCUCUGGCAAGCUCGAGAAGAUCGUCGGCGUGCCCACCUCCAAGCGCACCUUUGAGCAGGCGCAGUCGCUCGGCAUCCCGCUCUCCACGCUCGACGACCACCCGCUCAUCGACCUCGCCAUCGACGGCGCCGACGAGGUUGACCCAGACCUUAACCUUGUGAAAGGGCGGGGUGGUGCGCUUCUCCGUGAGAAGAUGGUUGAGGCUGCAUCAGACAAGUUUAUUGUUGUUGUUGACGAGACAAAACUAGUUGAUGGAUUAGGAGGAAGUGGUCUAGCCAUGCCAGUGGAAGUUGUGCAGUUCUGCUGGAAGUAUAACCUAGUAAGGUUGCAGGAACUGUUUAAGGAGGAAGGAGUCGAGGCAAAGCUAAGAUUGGAAGGUGACAAACCUUAUGUUACUGACAACUCAAACUACAUUGUCGACUUAUACUUCAAGACACCAAUCAAGGACGCAUUGGCAGCGGGGGAGGCAAUUGCAGCUUUGGAAGGAGUUGUUGACCAUGGGUUGUUCUUGAACAUGGCGAGUUCGGUGAUCAUUGCUGGAUCAGACGGUGUCAGUGUCAAAACAAAGUGAGUUUUGGGUUACUUGUUAUUUUGGUGUUGAACUUACGAUUUUUCGUUGUAUAAGCUAUUGGUGUAAAAGCACUCAAUAAGAUGCUUCAAUAAAUGUUUCCCCAAUGUUCUACUGGUUCA